AUGGAUAGCACAAAGGUUGGAACAUUUGAACAUGUUCCCGAAUCCGUCCCCAGCAUUCUUCAUGUCAAAGGACACCAGGACGACGCUAAACCAUAUGACGAACUGAACUUAGAGGCUCAACUCAACAUUGAUGCUGAUCAGUUGGCUGAUGACUGGCUCCAGGCCCACCCCAAUUUUGACCAUUCCAAAGUCCCCAUCCUGCCCACCAGUGGAUGUCAAAUCAACUUGCCCUAUGGGACUUUCACCCACAACAUCAAGCAUGAACUCAAAUUGGCUCGAUCUGUGCCUGACAAUGCCGCAUUUCUCAUGGACAAGUAUGAAUGGGACCAGGAGAUAUUUGAUGACAUUGACUGGACGUGUCAUGGACGAGCAUUAAAUCGAACGAAAGCACACCAAACCUCCAUGAUAAAGUAUCUGAUCGGCUGGCACCCCGUGGGUACCCGAGUCAACAAGUACGACCCCAAAUAUCCCAUUGCAUGUGCAUCCUGCGGCUACCACGAAGAGGACAAGGACCAUGUCAUGAGUUGCCCGAAACGACAAACUGACCGAGACAACUGGAAAAAAGCAAUCAAGCAGUAUCUAGACAAACACAACACUCACCCAUCCCUCCAUGCCACUAUCACAUCUGCACUCAACACCCUCCUAGAUGAUGGUGACAUUGAGUCAAUUGAACACAAUGCUGAUAUCCAGGACAUCAUAGAUUCCCAACACAAUAUCGGAUGGGAACACAUCUUCAAAGGGCGAUUCUCCAAACUCUGGGCCCAGAAUCAAGAUCAGCACUUAAAAGACAACAACCUCAAAACACCAAGGAAGAAUGGUCAGUCCUGGCUCACAGGAUUAAUCCAUGAAAUGCAAUGCACAACAGUGGUAGGACCUCUGGGAAGCCCGGAAUGA